UCCUGUAGCGGGGAAGGAGUCUGGAAACGGCGCCACAUUCUCAGUCCUGCAGGACGGCCAUGGCUUAUGAUGACUCCAGGAAGAAAGAAGAUUGCUUUGAUGGUGACCGAAGUUUGGAGGACAUAGGACUGGCAGCUGGCCGGAGCCAACGAGAAAAGAAACGUUCUUACAAGGAUCUUUUAAGAGAAGAAGAGGAGAUUGCUGCUCAGGUCAGGAAGUCCUCCAAGAAGAGGCUGAAGGAGAGAGAUCUCUUCUCCCUGGGCACGGACACGCACAAGAGGAGGAGGAAGCAUUCCUCCGGCGAGUCCUGCUAUGGAGAUCUUUCUCAUUUGGAGUCGUCACAGAAGAAAAAGAAGAAGGUGGUACCAAGUCCCCCAUCCUCCGAUACAGCCAUGGACCUGCUAAAGGCCAUCACAUCCCCCCUGGCAACAGGCUCCAAGCCCCCCAGAAAGACUGGGGAGAAAUCCUCGUUUUCUUCCUUUAGCUCCUCAAGCUACUCAGAAAGCAAAAAGGAGCAGCACCCCAGGAAAAAAGUGAGCAGCAGCAGUGGGGAGCUUUCCCUUGAGGACAGCGGCUUCCACAAGGCCAAAAAAAUGAAGCCUCUUUAUGUUAAUACAGAGACCUUGACCCUUCGAGAGCCAGAUGGCUUAAAAAUGAAACUUAUUCUCUCACCCAAGGAGAAGGAAGGUAGGACAGGUGAUGAGGAACCUUUUCAGAAUCCUCCUCAACAGGGGACAACCAAAAAAUCCUCCAAGAAAUCAGCUCGGGAUGAGCAGGGCACUUUUCUCCUUGGGCAUGAGCUGCACAGUUUCCUAAAAACAGCCAGGAAGAAGCACAAGCCAGCCCCAGACCAACAUCCCUCUCCUGGACGGGAAGGCUUUGGGUCAGAUGCUUCCAUCUUUCCAGAGUCACACGCCGCUGACUAUGAGCUCUCAAAUGUUGAACCUGCCCUGGAGUCAGGCUCAUCCUCCGGGGGUGAGCUAGAGGCCGGUGAACUAGUGAUUGAUGACUCUUACCGGGAGAUUAAGAAGAAGAAGAAAUCCAAGAAGAGCAAAAAAAAGAAGGACAAGGAGAGGCACAAGGAGAAGCGCCACUCCAAGUCCAAGAAGGGCCCUGGACUCUCUACUGCAGUCACCACUGUGGGAGAGGCCACGAGCACCAGCCCUGCACCCCCACCCCCUACCAGCACGCCUUUCCCUGGAGUUGUACCUCCACCACCACCGCCGCCACCACCACCACCUCCACCACCACCACCAGUCUUCCACACUGAUGGACAGAGUGAGAAGAAGAAGAAGAAAGAAGAGAAGGAGAAAGAAAAGGCAGAGAAAGCAGAAAAGCCAAAGAAGAAAAAUAUGUCUGCCUACCAGGUAUUCUGUAAGGAGUACCGGGUCACCAUUGUGGCGGAGCAUCCUGGAAUAGAUUUUGGGGAACUUAGCAAGAAAUUGGCUGAAGUAUGGAAACAACUUCCAGAAAAAGACAAACUGGUCUGGAAGCAGAAGGCCCAGUACCUCCAGCACAAGCAGAACAAGGCUGAAGCCACUACAGUGAAGAGGAAGGCAGCUGCCAGCUCUGACGGGGCUGUGAGAAUCAAAGCUUCUUCUGCUGGAGUGAUGUCGCCUCAUAAAAAGUCCCCUUCCAGCACUGUGGUGUUAUCUUCCUCCCCAGCCAAAGUCCCUGAGACAGACCCCAUCGAUGUAGCUGCACACCUUCAACUCUUAGGAGAAUCAUUGAGCCUCAUUGGUCACCGCCUGCAGGAAACAGAGGGCAUGGUGGCCGUUUCUGGAAGUCUUUCGGUGCUCCUAGAUUCUAUCAUCUGUGCUCUUGGCCCUCUGGCAUGCCUGACCACACAACUGCCUGAGCUGAAUGGCUGCCCGAAGCAAGUCCUGUCAAACACUCUGGACAACAUCGCCUAUAUCAUGCCUGGACUCUGACAACUAAGGAUUCUGGGUCACAUACUCGCCCUGCCCCAUUGCUGGCUCAUGUGGACACAGACUGUUCUAGCGCCCUGUGCUGGCUUCUGGGUGUAGGUUUUAAUGUUUUUAAUCCAUGUACCAUAUACACAUAGGAUUGUAACUACCUACUUUUAACAAUUUAUGGAAAGUGAAGGCUCAGCUAGGGAGAGCCUUGGCUUAAAUGUGGGUUUGGGGUUUUCAUUUUGUUUUGCUUUUUUUUCUCCGGUGGUGGAUCAAUCUGCCUUAAAAUCAAAGAAACU